CGAUGUUGAUGCCGAUGCCAAUGGCAAGCCGGCAACGAGCCAAGUGAUAACCAAAGAAAAAAGCCGUUGUAUUGACUGCUAUCGCUGCUGCGGUCGCUGUCGGUGCUGACGCCGGGGCCGGCCUCUCCGGUCGCUGCUGUGCUGCUGCUGCUGUUGCUGUUUCUUCUUUUUGUCUUUUCUGUGGCAGCUUCGACCGGCAGCGUUCAGUUAAUUUUUGGACACACUCCGAGGCGGUUGUGCAGGCGGACAAUACAUGGUAGAAACGGUACUCAACGCCCAGUGCAUACAAAGUGAUCUUCUGUGUGUGUGAAAGUGAGGCCGCGACGCAAAGCAGGAAACGGGCCGCUAACCAGCAAGUGUUUUCGAUCAAAAAUAAAAGAAAAGAAAAUAAAUAACCAAAAGGCCAGUGACAAAGGGUGAAACUCGAGAGUAAAAGUUGCUACAGGGAAAAGCCUUAGUAGCGGACAAGUGCUCCCUCCAUUGGGUUCUCAGAAAGUGCAAAAGACUCUGGCAACGAACUCGCGGCUAACUCUGCGGCUGCCGCGCCGUACCAACGCACCAUCGCACCAGCCAAACAAGGCUUAAGAUUAAUUAAGGCCAACACAGUCUGCAUCGAACAUAGCGUGGGCCAUCGUCUCUACUUUAUUGCCUUGUCGGCCAUAAUUGGAUUAAUUUGCAGCCUUUAGCCGUUGCGUGCGAAAAGUAUUCGGUGACCAAAACAAAAAGGCAACAGCCAAACGCAUUUAAAGAAGUCAUUAACAAGUCGAACAACGGCCAACGGCCAAGUGGCAACGUGCAACGUCAACGAAAUGAUCUUAAGAAUACUUCUGCUCUCCCUUCUGGCCGCCGCGCAGGCGCAGUAUCAUCAGUUUGGCGAACAACUGCAGACGGCCCACGGAUCGGAGUGCGCCCUGUUGCUGGCCGGACCUGGUCGCUCCUCCGUCUACGACUACAAUGUGAAUCUAUUCCGCGGCACUCUGAACCCCUACAACAAUGGACCCGGCACUUGCAUCACCUACGAUGCCAUCAAUGCCGCCUACUUGGAUGCACGGAAGCGUAUACAUGUGGCACAACCCAAGUCGGACUGGAAGCCGGAGGAGCUGGCAACCGUGGGCGAGCUGCUGCUCGACAUUUCCAUCCAGUUGGCCCGCACCUAUGGCCUGUCCUAUGAGGAGAUUGAGAAGGGUCUGCCCACGAUUGACACUUCAAAGACGAUGAUUCGGGAGGUGUGUCCGCCCUUCUUUGCGGGCGUCGAGUGCCGACCAGGAAAAUACCGCCGCUUCGAUGGGCUGUGCAACAACAUCGAGCAUCCCACAUGGGGAGCGGCGAAUGCUCCCUUCCAGCGACUGAUCGGUCCCCUCUAUGCGGAUGGUAUCAACGCCCCACGGAUAUCGGUUACCGGCCGGGACUUGCCCUUCUCGCGGGUCGUCUCACGCACCAUGCACCCCGACGAUGGCUAUCACGAUCACGCGGGCACUGUAAUGGUCAUUGCCUGGGGUCAGUUCAUGGAUCACGAUUUCACGCUCACAGGAACUCCGCUGGAUCCCAUCAACCGCAACGAUCCGGAGGAGUGUUGCAAGCGUCCGCUACAUCUGAAGCACCCCUACUGCAACGAGAUCCGCGUGCCAGAUGAUGACUACUUCUAUCGUCUCUUUAAUGUCAAGUGCAUCGAUUUCGUGCGCGGCUUCCCAUCGCCCCGACCCGGCUGCCGACUGGGCUCGCGCCAACAGUUCAACACUCUAACCGGCGUCAUCGAUGCCAAUACUGUGUACGGAGUGAAGGAAGCAUUUGCCCGCAAACUUCGCACUGGCUACGGUGGACUGAUGCGCAUGAAUCCCGUGUUCCAGGAGUACGGCCUGAAGGACCUGCUGCCCCUAAAGCUGGAUAUACCCGACGAGGGCUGCACGCGACCCAACAAGAGCAUGUACUGCUUCGAGGGCGGCGAGAUUCGAGUGAAUGAACAGCUGGUCCUGACCUGCAUGCACACGCUGAUGGCACGAGAGCACAAUCGCCUGGCCUCAGGGAUGGCGCAAAUCAACAAACACUGGGACGACGAGACCCUGUUCCAGGAGGCACGACGCAUCAACAUUGCCAUUGUCCAGCACGUGACAUACAACGAGUUUCUGCCCAUUCUUUUGGGCAAGGAGGUGAUGGAGAAGUUCGGCCUGGUGCUGCAGAAAGACGGCUACUGGGAUGGCUAUGAUUCGGCAGUGAAUCCGGGCAUAAUUGAUUCCUUUGCUGGUGCCGCCUUCCGCUUCGGCCACUCCCUGCUGCCCACCGCCGUGGAGCGCUGGUCGAAGGCCCACAAGUUCAUUGCCUCGAAACGUUUGUCGGACCUGAUCCGUCGCCCCUACGAUCUGUACCGGGCUGGUGUUCUCGAUGAGUACUUCAUGGGUCUGAUGAACCAAGUGGCCCAGGCCAUGGACGACUCCAUCACCCAGGAGGUGACCAACCAUCUGUUCAAGAAGGAGGGUGCCCGCUUCGGCAUGGAUCUGGUUUCGUUCAACAUGCAGCGCGGUCGAGAGUUCGGUAUUCCCGGCUACAUGGAGUUCCGCAAGUUCUGCGGUCUGCCCACCUCCAACACCUGGGAUGAGAUGUACGGCUCGAUGCCCAAUGAGACUGUUUUGCGUUAUGGCAGCAUAUUCGAGCACCCUUCUGACAUUGAUCUGUGGUCUGGCGGAGUUUCGGAGAAGUCGCUGCCUGGCUCUAUGCUGGGACCGACCUUUGCCUGUGUCAUUGCCACCCAGAUGAGUUACCUGCGCCGCGGCGAUCGCUUCUGGUACGAACUGCCCAACCAGCCCUCUUCCUUCACCCCCGAACAGCUGCAGGAGAUACGCAAGGCGAAGCUCUCCCGCUUGAUUUGCGACAACACUGACUUGAUAGAUACCGUACAAAUCUAUCCCAUGGUACUGCCGGAUCACGAAAUUAACCCCCGAGUGCCCUGCAAGAGCGGCAUUAUACCAUCGAUUGACCUUUCGAAAUGGGCCGACUUUGGCCAUCACGGCGUGGAUCCCUCUCUCUAUAAUUACAUUAAUGAAAUACCCGAUACGCUACUCAACUUUAGGAAGUAAAUGCCAUUUGUGUUGGUUAAGGCUUGUUUAACAAUCUGGAUUCAAUUUUUGGCCUCCAUACACUGUCCAUUCUCCUCUGCAGUUCUGUACUUCUGCAAAUCUCCUCUUUUCUACUACUGCUUAGUCUCUUUACUAGUCUGUGCUCACCACCAUUCGCCUCUCCAUACAGCAUUUCUAUAGCCAGUCAGUAGUUUGACACUGCCAUUUUCUUCAGUUCAGAGUUCUUUCUUUCUUCAUACAUAUUUUUGUAUAUAUUAUUAUUAAAUAGCAGAAAUAGAGCGAUUAAGUUAAAUGAUAUUGAAGACCGGAAAACCGAACAAGAAACCUUUAAUAAUUAUAAAAUUUAUUUUGAUGUAAGAUUUUGUAUAUGCAACUAUUUUUUAAAUAA